AUGGCAGACUCCAGUGAAUUUGGAAACUGGCAGGUCGCUAUCGAUAAUAUCCUGGAUAGCAUUCAGUAUUCCGACGAGUUUAAAAGCUUCAGUCAGCAACGGUCAAAUGAAAGUCGCGUUAAAUGUGUUUUUACGGACAAAUUAUUAAAGCAUGUUCAGUGGUUACCAUUAUACUUUGAUGCUUGCAAAACAUGGCAUGGCAAAUCAGUUGAAGUUGCCAGAGUAUGGAAAAACAAGGGCAACAAACUCUUCCAGCAAAAGAGGUACAUUGAUGCAGUUAAUGCUUACACGCAGAGUUGCCUUAAUGCUCCAGUGGAAUCAGAUGAUUUCUCACUGAGUCUUGGAAACAGAUCAGCUGCACUGUUUUACCUCGGAAAAUAUCAGGAGUGUGUCUUGGACAUUAACAGGGCUUUGGGUCACAGAUUUCCCUCUGAUUCCCGCCACAAGUUGUUGGCCAGAAGGACAUCAGCAUUUGUGAAGCAAGGGCAGCGAUCAGAGGCUGAGGACAGUUAUAGGGAACUGAAUGAUUUUGUUAGCAGUAAACAGUUUAAUCUUCAGGGCACUAAAAGAGAUGACUUCUUGAAGGAAGUAGAUUGUCUGGAGAAAUCAAUAAGCAAUAUGACAAGGACAGCUGCACAUAAAAAUGAGACCAAAGAAACACCAGUUGUCUCAUUUGGACAGAACACUGUUGUAUGUCAAGCCACAGAUGCAGUGUCUUUCCAUUACACAAAUGAACAGGGCAGACAUUUAGUGGCUAACCGUCACAUUCCCAAGGGAUCAACACUGAUAGUAGAACGACCAUUUGCUGCGGUGUUGUUGCCUGAACAUUAUGACACACAUUGUCACUAUUGCUUCUCUUUGCUUCCUCUAACAGCCAUAGGGUGCCAGCGCUGUAUAUCAGUGAGGUUUUGUGGUGAAAAGUGCCGAGAUGUUGCUUGGAGCUCCUACCACAAAAUUGAGUGCCCAUACUUGGAUCUCUACCAUUCUAUUGGUAUUGCUCACCUGAGUCUACGCAUUAUUCUGUGUGCAGGGCUGGACUUUCUGUUAGAUUUUUUAACUCAGCAGUCCAAAUACCGCCAGUCAGAGAAAGCUUCAGAAAAAGGAAUUAAUCCAGAUGGAAAGUAUGACAGGAGUUACCUCACUGUUUACGAUCUGAUGACCCAUGAAGACAGUACUUCAAGUCAGGAUAUGCUCCAGUAUUCUUUAACUGCAGCCCUGCUUCUGAUGACUCUUGUACAUGCCAACUUCUUCAAGAAAGUGACCAGUUCUGGAGACUCGAACCAACUUUCAGAGAACUUUGCAAACUUGACUUUGAAAGGCAGAAACAAAUCAGAUCUGUCUAAAGAAAUGUACAUGAUUGGAGGCCUUCUCCUGCGACACAUCCUACAGCUGGUCUGUAACGCACAUGCCAUAACCAGUCUGCAGGCCACAUCAUCUGAGCAAGUCAGCACACAGGAUACGGAACAAGUGCGAAUUGCCACAGCCAUUUAUCCAACAGCGAGUCUGAUGAAUCAUUCCUGUGAUCCAACUAUCAUUUCCAGUUUCAUUAAUGAUGUUCUUGUCGUUAAAGCCGUGAAAGAUGUAGAAGUGGGAGAAGAAAUAUUUAACUGUUAUGGUCCACAUUACUGUCGUAUGAGCCGAGAAGAGAGGCAAGAGGUUCUGAAGUCCCAGUAUCACUUUGAUUGCUUGUGUCAGCCAUGCUCCCAGAGUGACCUUUCACAUCUUAGAUUUAGUGCUUUCAAGUGUCCAGUUUGUGCUGGAGUGGUCAGUGGGCACUCUUGUCGAGAGUGUGGUCACUUGCUGAGUGAGAAGGUCUUGAACGGACUCAAGCUGAAAGCAGAGAAGGCCAACAGACAGUUUAAUGAAGCUAUCAGACUGAUGAAUUCACAGGAUUAUGAUGGUGCUAUACAUGUAUUGGAGGACUGUCGUAGCCAAAGGCAAAGUUUUCUUUACAAAGACCACAAGGAUCUAGGCCAAAUAGAAGAUGCCAUAGCUCGUUGCUAUGCAGAUCAAGGAGAUUUUAGCAGUUCAGCUGACCACCUUUUCACCAGUGUAAAAAUGAUGUCACAGAUGUAUGGUGAGAGGAGCAUUGAGCAUGCUAAUGAGCUGCAAAAACUUGCUGAGGUUCUCUUCAACGCAGAAAGGUUUACAGAAUGCCUGGAUGUAGCUAGUCAGUCUUUGAGUCUAUUUGAAUGUUUGUACAGCUCAGGUCAUGAAGCAGUGAAGCAGCUGAUGGAUCUGAAAGAUGCUGCAGUGCGGGCUUUAACUCCCUUGAUGCAGGCUAAUUAA